CAGUUGGCACGAGUGGUAGUGUCGGUGUGACUGAGUAUGGCGUGGCGGGAAUGCCCCGAGGAAUCAAGCGGAGCCUGAACUUGACCUGCCGACCAGUACAGGACAAUCGUACACACACCUGUCUGGAGUGUGGGGCCAAGGUCCAGGACCUCAGCUCGCAUUACAUGAAGUACGUGAGCUGUUCCAAGUGUCGCUACAGCACCUGCUGUUCCCGGGCGUACGCUGAUCACAUGAUCUGCCGUCACCAGGCCCAGGGGCGACAGCGGGUAGUGUCAGCAAGCAUGUUCCAGGUGAACAUGUACACCUGUGAGACAGGUAUGAAGCUGUCUUGCGGCUGCAGCUACACCACCACAGGUGGCAGGGAGAUGGCUGAGCACCUGCAGGCCUGCUACUUCAAGUCCUGUCACAUCAUGUCCUCGCCACUCAAAAUCAAUGUGCAGAGCCUCACUGGAUUUGGUCGUAACAGACAGAACGCCGGUGGGAUACCCCCUGCUAAGAGGCAACGUUCGGACCUUCCUGGGAGUGGUGUGGAGUUUGUCGACCUGACAGAAGAAGAUGAGGAGGAUGACAUGGUGCCUGGCUCCUUUGUCUGUCCCCACUGUGACCUGCACUUCAACCUGCGCAUGCCCCUAACCCAGCACAUCAAGUUCUGUGGGCCCCAGCAGGGUCACGGGGAGGAGGAUGCCUACACUGUGUCAAUAAAACAGGAGCCAGAAGACCCCAUUGUCGUGGUUGAAGAUGAUGAGGAAGACAUAAAUGCUGACGAUGAUGAGGACAACUUAAAGUUCACGACUCUCGAAGAUGACACCACAGCUGAGAACGAAGACUCACCACAACAGAGUGACAGCGAGGAAAGAGAUGAACAGAAAGAAUGGGAGGCCAGCAUUGAACUUGAUGUACCAGAUAUCAGCAGUUUAAACACUGUGACAGAGCGCCCCCUUACAGAAAGUGCCAGUACUGCUGAUGGCACUUCUGAAGGAGUCAAUGUUGGGAUAGUUGUCAAAGUUGAGAAGGAGGAAGUGGACAGUGUGAUGGAUCUUCAGCCUCCAGAAGAGCUCCUCACUGCAGAAGAGAGCAGUACUGCAACAGACGAUGCUGGCGGCACAGAAAUAACCAUCAAGGUGGAGAAAGAGGAAGUGGAUAGUGUGAUGGACAUGCAGACUCCAGAAGAGCUCCACACUGCAGAAGAGAGUCGUACUGCAGCAGAUGGUGCCAGCAAGGAUGGCAAUUCAGAGGGGAAUGUCGACGGAGAAACUGACGACAACGAGUUUGUUCCCAAAGAGUUCGCCGAUGACAUUGUGCAAGAUGUUACAAAGGAGCCUGAGUUGGAUGAAGAAGUUGCUAAAGAAAUUCCGCCAGCUACAGAUCUAGGACAAAACUUGGAUACUGAUGAUCCUGCUCCUCAAGAAGAGCAAGAAACGAUACAAGAUGGAGGUGAAACCUUCAACUCGGAUGUGGCAGAACAGGGAAAUAAUCAGAAUUAUCCUGGAGUUGAAACGGAUCUAGAACCAAGCAUGGAUACUGGCAACCCUGCUCCUGAAGAAGAGCAAGAAACAGUACAAGAUGGAGGUGAAACCUUCAACUCAGAUGUGGAGGAACAGGGAGACAAUCGGGGUUCUUCUGGAGUUGAAACAAAUUGCAAGCCAAGCUUGGAUACUGGUGACAAUGCUCCUGAAGAAGAACAAGAAACAGUACAAGAUGGAGGUGAAACCAUUAAAUCAGAUGUGGCGGAAGCUGCAGAACAGGAAGACAAUCAGGAUUAUUCUGGAGUUGAAACUGACACAGUACUGGAUGAUGUGUUGGUCUCAGACGAUCAAGAACACGUGGAGACUAUAGCCAUAAAGGCAGUAGAAGACACAAACGAGGAGUGUCAUGUAGAGGAACUAGGCUUCACAGAAAGCACUCUUGAGAAACCCAGCACAGAAGAGAGUUCAUAAGCAGGGCAAGAGACGACAAACAGUUAUGUUUGACAGGAGUAGGAAAGAGCCUAGGUCUAGGAAAAAAUGUUGUGUCUAUGGCUACCCGUGACCCUGUUGAGCUCGGUCAAACCUGUUGAGCCCAGUCUCUUUUUUUUUGUCAAGGGACACAAAAAUUUCGAUCUUACAUCACAGUGGUGGAUUUCAAAACAGCUUUUGAUAUAUUUCACACAGUUUAUGGCAUUGAACAAUUGAUUUAAGACUUUGUAAAAGCUUUACCUCUUUGUUCAGUUCUUUAAGAUAAAUAUGCUUGUACAAUGUAUACAUGUAUAAUAAUUAUGAUAUUGAAAAUUCCAGUAACUGAUGCAUCUCAGUUUUGCAUGGCUAAACUCUUGAUGGAUCACUUUGACCAAAAUCUGGGGGGAACAAAUUAAAAAAAUAAGAGGACCAGAACCUACCCUAAAUGUUUUCAGGAUGGUAACUGUAAACACAACGUUUUUUUGCCAGGCUAUGUACUAUUAUAGCAGCAUGUUUGAAACUGUUGCUUUGUUCAGCACAGUUGACUCUACAACAGUCUGAAUGCCAAGAUUGACACAUAAGAUUCUGAUGUCAAAUAGGAAGUUAAAACUGCCAAAUGUGAUGGAUCCAAACACCUACCAAAAUGGUUUGGAUUUAUUCUGAUACCACUGUAUAUCCAUUUUAUACCACUAAAAGAACUGUUGAUAUUGAGAGCUUUGAAUGAUGAAGACCACUGUAUACUGUAAACAGUUUUCUGAAACAAGUGUGUUUAAGAACUAGAAAGUAGAGUAUUGUGAAUUUUUUACAGGACAAGGGUGCAUCCCUCUAGAAGUACAAAAUGUAGUCCAUAGGUAAGACUUAGUCCUCAAGUAAAUACAUGUAGUACUUCAACCUGUUUGCUAGUGACGUACUACCAGUAAACAAAUGCAAUUCCAGCAAGUGCUUUUAUGCUACAAAUAAUUACCGAGAUAACAUUUAAUAGAUAACAUUUUUAUGCCACAAAAUUUCUUUGUGCAAUCAGAUGGUAUGAAAUGUAGCUACUAGAUAAAACAUUAGGAUAUGCUUCCCAUCCAUUCGAGAUGGUUACUUGUAUGACACUACUAGGGGUGGGUGCUGGGAAAGUUUGUACCGGUAUUUUUUUUUUCUUUUUGGACUGGUCUGAAAAAAAUGUAUGUACCAGAUUUUGGACCAAAUAGAAAAUGAACACUAGAUCGGCAGGUGUCCACAAAUUUUGGUGCUUACAAGAAAAUAACUAGCAAAGUAGAGUUGAGUUUAUUGUAGUCAAUAUUUUAUUUCUAUUGUCAAAUGUAUAGAGUUAGCCUUACAUCAAGAUAGGACUUUGAAAUGCCAGUGGAAGCCGGAUACUCCGCAAAACAGAUUCCUUUGUAGCUAAAUGGACCGUUGUUUUGAGUAUCGCUAAUUCACAAGUUUUUACAGACAGUCCUAUGGGCAGGUGCAGGUCCGGACCUGGACCUGAUCCUCUGGACCUGAACCGGACCUGGACCUGAAUUUUCUGUACCGGUACCCACCCCUAGUUACAACAUGUAUCACAUGUAUGAGUUGGUUUUUGAAUGGGGCUUCAGGGGAAAUUUAAAUUCUACGUUUUAACACAUCUUGCUAUCAGUCAGUAAUAAAUGUGCAAAGCUAUUUUUGUUGACAUUUCAGAAAGGACCAAAAACUUAGGCAAUUGUUGCCUUUUCAAUGCGCUAAAAAGGCAAACUAACAGAAGCUUCCUACCAUUCCAAGUAGGAGUAAGUGUACAAAGAUGUUCUUCCAUAUUGGAAAAUGUAAAUAGUUCCUAACUAAGUACCACUGUUUUUGAUGUUCUUCUUUUGUUCACUUGUUCCAAAAUAGAGUACGCAACUGAGUUUAACAUUUAAAAGCAUUUCCUACACAGUCACUGUUUUGUUGCUACAAAGUUUAACUUUCUGUUUUUGUUUUUCUACCCUUGAGUUCCAUGUGUUCAAUACGUAUCAAGACAUUUUUUGUAUUGUUUCAGUGCGAGCUAGCAGGAAAGAGAGGUUUAUUAAUACCACAAUGUUUGUGAAAGAUUAAACUGUUGGCCACUAAUAGAAAUUUUGUAUACUAUUGCAAAAGUUCUCUGUACUAAUUAUGUGCAUACUAAAAAGGCACAUUCUUCAAAAACCAAGCUAUGGUGCCCAACUACAUUGUACAUGUAGAAGUCUCUAGAAAAUAUCAGGUGUUUUUUUUUUCUGGAGAUUCUAUUCCACUUUUUGUGCUUAAGUCCCAUAAUAGCUAUGGGCCUACAAAAACAAGGAAAUGAUAAAUAUUUGCAGUUUAAACGCGACUUGAGUUUUCAGCACUUCUGGGUUUUCUCAUUGACAUAUCACUGUUGAAUUCUUAGUCCAUACAAACAUUACAAGAGACUACUUGUAAUAUUCUGGCUAUCAACAUUAGUUAGGAACCUCUAUACAGUAUUAUGUUUUACAUGUAACUGCAAAAUAUUGUGUACACUUCAGUAUAACACUUCAGUAGAUACUUCAAAUGUACAGAUAUUAAAAAUUUUGUAUUGUUA